ACAUAAAUAGUAGUAGUGUAAGUUGUCGACUUAGUCGAAGCGUUGAUUAUUUACUGGAAACGUGGCACGGCGUUUAUUCAUUUCUGCGAUGAUGAAUUUGAUGGAAAUGGCAACGACUGGCAAGUACGUGGGUCUCGCAAAAAUUUGUCCAGAAGACAAUCCCGUUGAUCUCUUCAGAAUAUGGCGUGACGAAGCGAUAAGAUUCCAAACUGGAUUAGUAGAUGUUUGUUGUCUAGCGACUGUCUCUUCCCCAAAUUGCAAAGUCAGCUCGAGAAAUAUGAUGUUACGAGAAUUCGAUAAUGACGGUUUUGUUAUCAUGACAGACGCACGCAGUCGGAAAGUAAAGGACAUGGAUUGUAAUUCAUAUACUGCUAUGUGCUUUUUGUGGAAUUAUAAGAACGAUUUCAAACAUCAUGUUUUGCGACAGGUGAGGAUAGAGGGAUCGAUGAAAAAACUGGAAAGACCGGCUUGUCAACUUAUAUACGAGAGAGAGCCGUUGCACUGCAAAAUCCGGACCUACCUAUGCCAUCAGGACCAACCGGCUAACUGGGACGAUUUGAAUCGUCGGUAUAAUGAGAUAUUAGUACAAGCAUACAAAGGAGACGACCUACCAAUGCCGGAUCAUGUCGUAGCCUAUAAAUUAUCACCUAAAAUGAUGGAAUUUUAUCACUCGUGGGACCAAUUAAUCGCCGAUCGAAUACAUUACAAAAAGGACGAGAGCAAGAAUCGUUGGGAUUAUCAAAGAAUAGCAGCGUAAUUUUGUAUAAUUGCGUGUGUUCGCUCAAAUUACUCUAUUUUUGUUAGAUCUGAUCUGAUAGACUUAUUUGUUGUUUAAGAUUCGGAGUUAUUCGGUGAUUUUUAUAAUCGUAUUUAUAAUACUCAUAAUUUACUAUUUCUAAUUGCAGUAAAAUAAAUUUUACUGAAAAACACGAUAAAAAUUUAAAACUUAUAUUUUUGUAGUUAAAAUAUUAUUAUA